ACUUUGCCACUUGCCUCUGGACGGUGGUGGGGCGCUUGCUGGAGCCGCGGCCAGAGGGAGAGCCGGGGACCCGGAGCCAUCCAGCGCCCGCGCUUCCUCUCGGCGCGCACGACCCCGGGGCGGGGGGGAACAGCGCCGCCGCCUUGAAAGGGCGCCCCGGCCUCGGAGGGAGCAUCCCCCAGGCGCGAGGGGCGGCGGCGCUGGCAGCCUCUUUCUCGGCCAGUGGGGCGCAGCGCUGGCGCCUGAGGGGGACUCCCCGGCCACCUGCAGGGACCGCCGUGCGGAGGGAGCGUCGCUAGCAGCCGCGCUGGGCUGCCGAGAAGGCUAGAGCGAGGGUGCCCCGGGCCAGCGAAGGGCAACAGCGGAGCCCGGAGGGGGAGCCGGCCUGACAGCCCGUGGGCCCCGACGGCGCGCUCUCCCGUCCGCCAACCGCAGGCAGGCCCCGCGCGGCGGCCGGAGGGGGCGACGGCGGCGCCCUCGGGCUUCGGGGCAGCCAGCCAUGACCUUCGGGCGCAGCGGGGCGGCCUCGGUGGUGCUGAACGUGGGCGGCGCCCGGUACUCGCUGUCCCGGGAGCUGCUGAAGGACUUCCCUCUGCGGCGCGUGAGCCGGCUGCACGGCUGCCGCUCGGAGCGCGACGUGCUGGAGGUGUGCGACGACUAUGACCACGAGCGCAACGAGUACUUCUUCGACCGGCACUCGGAGGCCUUCGGCUUCAUCCUUCUCUACGUCCGCGGCCACGGCAAGCUGCGCUUCGCGCCGCGGAUGUGCGAGCUCUCCUUCUACAAUGAGAUGAUCUAUUGGGGCCUGGAGGGCGCGCACCUAGAGUACUGCUGCCAGCGCCGCCUCGACGACCGCAUGUCCGAUACCUACACCUUCUACACCGCCGAAGAGCCGGGCGCGCUGGGCCGGGACGAGGCGCGACCCGGCGGUGCCGAGGCCGCCCCUUCCCGCCGCUGGUUGGAGCGCAUGCGGCGGACCUUCGAGGAGCCCACGUCGUCGCUGGCCGCGCAGAUCCUGGCCAGCGUGUCGGUGGUGUUCGUGAUCGUGUCCAUGGUGGUGCUGUGCGCCAGCACACUGCCCGAUUGGCGCGCCGCGGCGGCCGACAACCGCAGCCUGGAUGACCGGAGCAGGUACUCCGCCGGCCCUGGGAGGGAGCCCUCCGGGAUAAUUGAAGCCAUCUGCAUAGGUUGGUUCACUGCGGAGUGCAUCGUGAGGUUCAUCGUCUCCAAAAACAAGUGUGAGUUUGUCAAGAGACCCCUGAACAUCAUUGAUUUACUGGCAAUCACACCGUAUUACAUCUCCGUGUUAAUGACCGUGUUUACGGGCGAGAACUCUCAACUCCAGAGGGCUGGAGUCACCUUGCGGGUGCUUAGAAUGAUGAGGAUUUUUUGGGUGAUUAAGCUGGCCCGUCACUUCAUUGGUCUGCAGACACUUGGUUUGACUCUCAAGCGAUGCUACCGAGAGAUGGUUAUGUUACUUGUCUUCAUUUGUGUUGCCAUGGCAAUCUUUAGUGCACUUUCUCAGCUUCUUGAACAUGGGUUGGACCUGGAAACAUCCAACAAGGACUUCGCCAGCAUCCCCGCUGCCUGCUGGUGGGUGAUUAUCUCUAUGACUACAGUUGGCUAUGGAGAUAUGUAUCCUAUCACAGUGCCUGGAAGAAUUCUUGGAGGAGUUUGUGUUGUCAGUGGGAUUGUGCUAUUGGCGUUACCUAUCACUUUUAUCUACCAUAGCUUCGUGCAGUGUUAUCAUGAGCUCAAGUUUAGAUCAGCUAGAUACAGUAGGAGCCUCUCCGCUGAGUUCCUAAAUUAAUGUAUUGCAAAGCAAUUCUUGCAUACACUUCAUUUGAUCCAGUUGACGCUACUUCAUAUUUAUGCGUUUCUUGCUGGGUGAGCACUGCAGUUGUAUUGUCAUCACCUUGGGAGAGUAAAAAUUGUCCUUCCCAGCUGAAGGGGUAAAAGAAUUUACUUAAUAUGGAGUAAAGAAGAUUGAGACUGCAAAGGAAAGGGAAUGUCUCCUAGAAUAAAUUUUAGGAUCUUAUUUUAUUUAGACUUGCCUCUUCCCUGCCUUGAACAAUUACACUUUUUGUGUUUGUUUUAAAGUAUAUUAUUUGAACAUUUUAAAACUGAAAGCUACUAUUUUCCAAAUGUUUUUCCAUCUUGUGAAUACAGAAGAAGCUUGGAAGUUACAGUGUUUUUUGUUGGAGAGUAACAUUUUCAUUUCUAAAUGUUUUAUAAUCUCUUAUAUCAAUGUCAGAAGUAUCCUGGAAACAUAUGUCAGAUGCAGGAACUGUUUAACAAAUACUUUGAAAAUUUGGCCAAAUUUUAAAGUGUAGAGUGGAGCUAGUAGAUACAAGCAAGAAUAGUAUUUGAAAAACUUCUCCGGCAUAUUUCUCAAUUAUCUGAUUUAUUUUUGUCCUUAUUCUCCUUGUCAUACCAUAAUAUAAUAUGGUAUGAUAUCAUACCUUAUCAUACCAUAAUAUGAUAUGGAAGCUUGAGUAUGUUCUUCCUUUUCCAUUUUAGAUUUCUUUUUUCUCUGUCUUGAAAUGACUUAGAAGAGUGUUAUAUUGUUUAGCAUUUUAUUGGAGUUCAUUUUAUUUGAAUUCAUUGCUGUUACUAGAUGUUAAUUGUCCUGACAUUCAGAUGUCCAAAUAAGAUUUCCAACAUUAAAAUGAUAAUAGAAAUAGUUUGAUAUUGCAACCCAUAUUUAUCUUCUUCUGCUCUUAAUGUUUUUUUUUUUUUUUACUAAACACCAUGUGUUUAAUAAGACUUAAAAUGAAAGGAUAUUUAUGUAACCAUUUUAUACCAAAGUCAUACUUAGAUGUUGUCACUGGAUUGUCUUAAAAAAGAAAUUAAACAUUUUCUUACUCUUG